GACAGGCAUCCUUGUUCCAGGGAGGCAGUCUGCAGGUCAUUACCAUCGCUGCAGGGGUGUUGUAAAGAUGAAGUCCCAUUAUCUUCUGUUGUUUUUAUUCUUUUCCUGCACAUUUUCCAGCAAAGCGGAGAAUGAAGAUGCCUUCAAGUUCAGCCACACACCUACCGAAAUGAGAUCCAGGUUUGCCAUGCUGGACGACGUCAGAAUCUUAGCCAACGGCCUGCUCCAGCUGGGGCACGGGCUCAAAGACUUUGUUCACAAGACCAAGGGCCAGAUCAACGAGAUCUUCAACAAGCUCAACAUCUUCGACAGGUCCUUUUACGACCUCUCCCUCCAGACCAACGAAAUCAAAGUGGAGGAAGAACAGCUCAAGAGAACCACUACGAUCCUGCAGGCCAACAACCAAGAGAUCAAAAACAUGUCGCUGCAAAUAUACUCCAAAAUAAACGAGAUCCAGAACGACCGCGGCCAUCUGGAAACCAAGCUGGGGGGACUGGAGGAAAAACUGAACGGGCUCACCCACAGCCUGCCUCAAGCAUCCGAGCUAAAAGAGAUGUCAUCUCUCAAGAACGUCAUUGAUAGUCAAAACAAAAAUAUCCAAGACCUUCUCAAAGUUGUAGGUGAACAACACAACCAGCUGGACCAUCAGAAGAACCAAAUCAAAGACCUGGAAGAAAAGCUCGGCUCUGGUGUCCUCUACGAGAAUGCAGAAAAGUCGUUUUCCUCCAAGCAGGGGGACGAGCCCAGAACGAUGCAGUACCUGCCAAACAACACAACCAAUAAAACCUCAGAAAACACUGGCCUCCCUGCUGACUGCAGUGACAUUUACAACAGAGGAGUAAAGACCAGUGGCGUUUAUCCAAUCAAACCAAAUCAGUCGGAGCCAUUCAACGUGUACUGCGAAAUGACAGAAGAAGCUGGCUGGACAGUUAUCCAGCACAGAACCGAUGGAUCAGUGGACUUCGACCAGCCUUGGGAGAAAUAUGAACAUGGAUUUGGAGAUCUUGAAAGAGAAUUCUGGCUAGGCUUGGAGAAGAUCUAUUCAAUCUCCCAGCAAAGGCCCUUCAUUCUCCACAUUGACCUGGCAGACUGGAAGAAAGAGCAGCGCUUCAUGGAGUACACGUUCACUCUGGAAGGCAGGGAGCAGGACUACACCCUCCACCUGAGCCAGGUCGCAGGGGAGCUCCCCGACUCAAUGAGCAACCACACCGGGAUGAGGUUCUCCACCAAGGACAGAGACAACGACAACAAGGAGGACUCCAACUGCGCCGAGAACUACUCAGGUGGAUGGUGGUUUAACGCGUGCGGAGACACCAAUCUGAACGGCAGGUACAUCCGUGCGCGCUCCAAGGGGCGCUUAGACAGGAGGAGAGGGAUCUACUGGAAGCCAGGCAAAGGAAGCUCCUACUCUCUCAUGUCCACCAAAAUCAAAAUCCGCCCCAGAGACCAGGAAAGCUUUGAUUAGGAGUUGUGCCUCUGUAUUUAUAUGGUGCAUUGAAAAUGAUUACUGAGUUUGCAUGAGCUAACAGUUGAAUAGAUACGUCAUUAAUGAACACUUUGAGGGUGCUGGGGUAGCAGAGGCUUUGUCUAAUACUGCAAACUUUUCAACAUUUUAAACCGAAGGCCUCUGCAAAAUGAAAGCAACAUUGCCUGAAAAGUACAAAUCUAAGAUCUUUUCUUUUGUAGUUUAUGUUUAAAAUAAUAUUUUGUUUUACAUUUGACUGUAAUGAAUAUCACACACACACACACUAUACAUGUACAAUUACUCACAGGUAAGUGUUUUGUACAAGAGAACUGACUGUGCCUUGUUUAGGUAUUUGUAGGUACAAAUGUAGGCAUAGUAUAUAAACAAACAUUGACUUAACCUAAACUACAUUUCAUUUACCAGACAAUAUCUAUGCAACCAAACUACCAAUUACCAGUAUAUGUUCUGGACAAAACCGUCUUUAUAAACUAUCUAACCUCACAGGUAAAAUGUUCUACUAGAAUAUUUAAAAACACUUGAUUGAUUUUAUCUAUUUAAAUACAACAAUUUGCAAAAAGAAGAAUAUGAAAAUAUAUAGUAUAUCACCGAAUGCAUGCCACCUUAACCUGUAGAGCACAACCACUAACAUUGUAUUACUGAGUCAUAUUCACAACCACUAACAUUGUAUUACUGAGUCAUAUUCACAACCACUGACAUUGUAUUACUGAGUCAUAUUCACAACCACUGACAUUGUAUUACUGAGUCAUAUUCACAACCACUAACAUUGUAUUACUGAGUCAUAUUCACAACCACUGACAUUGUAUUACUGAGUCAUAUUCACAACCACUGACAUUGUAUUACUGAGUCAUAUUGACUAACUUUAAUAUUUUCCACAUACAAUAAAGUACUGUACAUAUUUGUUACAAAAUACUGUAACUGGCGUGUUUACAAGAGUUUGCUUUUCUACAUUAAAGCAUAUUUAUGAACCAAAAA